AUGCCGUCAAAAAUGGCCCCCCACGCCCAGCGCGAGGAUUUGACCAUCUACUACAAUGACUCUAUAGACUCCGACAACGCCGCCGCCGCGCUCGCCCUGCUCAAGGAGGUCGCCCAGCGCCGCCCGGCCGAGCGCGUUAUCUGGAUCCUGGAGCCGCGCCAGGUUGCCUGGGGCCCCAGCAUGGGCAAGGAGGAGUCCGACAAAUGCAAGAAGCUCCUCAUCAAGUAUUUCCCGGACAAGUACAAGACAGAUUACGACGCUUUCAAGGCCCUCCUGGGCUCCCGUCUCAAAGAAAAAAAGCUCCUGGAGCGACAGGAAGAGCUGCGGAGGGCGGGCCAAGAAAUCCCCAGCGAGGACCUGGACCUGCUGAGGAAAGCUACCAAACCUAUCAACUCACAUAAAGAGCAGUCCAAGAAGCACGCCAAACUCAUGGCUUGGGACCUUGCUGGUUGCCUGACUCAUUGGUCCAAGGAAUAUUAUAGAUCCUCACCAGCCCCAAAAGUUGAGGUUCUGGUGGAUUAUGACAGUCUAGAAGAGAUUCAAAACCCAGUGAACCUACAUUUACAUUACCAUGAAGAACUGGUGAGCCGUACCAAUGACGAGAUUGAACGGUACAACGCCGCCGUGCAGGAGGAGUACGGGGAGCACUCGAAGAAGGAAGGUUGUGAUUCAUCGAAUCAGGGCAAGAAAGCCUUAGAAAAAGAUGAGGAGAGCAACGCCGUGGAAAAGUGGUACGAGGAGUGCAUCAACAAAGAACAGAAAAGAAACGAGGGUCAAAACACAUCAGUCGGCCAACUUGAUAUUGAGUCGCUGUGCAAGGCAAUUAACGCCGCCAGGAACGUCAGGUUUAUGGGCGGUUCUUCUCUACGGAUUUUGCGCCAAUUCAUUGAAAAGAAGGUGGCUUCCAAGGUCGACUGCUACCUACAGGCGGGAACCCAAGACUUCUCUGCCAACCUAUUCCCAAACCAGUUCAACAUCGGGUUAAACAUAGAGGCUGCAAGUUUUGUCUUAAGGGAGUACAAGCAAUUCUCAUCCUUUACUAUCGUUCCAUCAGCUACGGCACAAAGCCUGAAGUUCUCCCUGGUCGGGCUGCAGAAGUUGGGGCACGACUGUCUGGGCAAGAAAAUGCUCGGCUACAACGGCAAAGUAGAGGCCAAGGACAUUGCAGCAGGGGACUUCACAAUCGAGAAGGAUUUCCCCGAAAAGACAGCAAGCAUGCCUGAUCUGACCACAUUCCUCUGCGUUCUUAAAGAAAAGGAGCUCGGUGCAUCCAGGUCGUAUGUAGAGGUGGUCUACAGCAUCGAGAAGGAAGCAGAGCCCACAAACGACGACGCAAAGAAGAAUGGAUCCCAAAAUGGCGAGCCCAAGAAUGGCGAUUCCAACAAGAGCAAGCCCGAAACUAGCGAGCCCGAGAGAGACCAGAACGGCAAGAUAAAGGAAGGCGUGUCUCUUCGGUUAAAGGAUGCCGACCAGGGCAUCCUCAUAUAUCGAUUGCCACCAACGAAAGAGCUCACUGCCGAGGAGGUCGUGAAGCUGUUAGAUUUCUCGGGCGGAGGGGAUUGA